CAAAUUCUGAUAUAUACCCCAAAAUAAAUUCCGUUGCAGUUUAUAUGCCUACUGUGUCCCACUGUGCAAGAACAAAAUAUUAGCACAUUAAAAUCACAUACUUUCCUCUGCUUACCAAUUUUUGCCGUUGGUCGCAUAGUUCGUUGAACUUGGCUAAACAAAUUGCCGAAAAACAUAAGUGCACUAUUUCCCAUAUAUCAUAUGUACAUACGUUAGCACAUAUAAACAUUUUUACCAGUUGCAUUUUCUGCAACUAUUCGUAUAAUAGCUAAGAGAGUCGCUGCUAUUUAUCGAACAAUACAGUCCACACGUACCAAGCGCACUCUAGCUUAUUUUAAUUUAUUUCAAUCUUGCUUUUCUCUGCUGCACUCACCAAGCUAAGAGAACGUAAAUCAAAGCCCGCUCUCUCAGCGGUGAGCGGCUCUUUACGUAUUAUCAUAUCCACUUGUACAUUCCCGCACACAUACAUACAUACGCACUAUAAUCAAAACAAAUUCUCUGUUGUUUUCGUUUCUUAACUCACCACUGCUGUGACAAAGCAUAGCUUAGCCAUAUACUCGGCUUCAUACGUAAAUAUUUGUACAUACAUACGUACGUACAUUUUUACAUUCUACAUAUUCUGCACUUUUGUACAUACGUGCUAACAAAGAAUAUUGUCACACGAAUAUUAUCCAUAACGCGAUAAGAAAUCGAAGACAUCAUGGCAGCACGGAAGGCGUGCCCCCUGGCUCCAACGGCAGAGACAGACAACUGCCUACAAUGCCGGCUCUGCCACCGUUACCACGCAUUGCGGACGUGCCCGGCCUUCAAGGCGAUGAAGCCGCCGCAACGGUUGGGAGUAGCCCGCGCGCAAGGCUACUGCGUCAACUGCCUUGCGCUCACCCACACUACCGGGGAAUGCGACUCGCCGGGUAGUUGCAAGACCUGUGGCUUAGCGCACCAUACGCUGCUGCAUGUGGCAGCUAACAGGCCCGCGCGCACAGGCCAACGAAACCAGCAGCCCAACCGGGCCAAAUCGACAUCAUGCAAGCCCAUCAAGCGGAGGGCACCGCCGAAGAAAGGUGGGCAGAAGAAGGCGCAGAAGAACCCGCGCAACCAGGCGCCGCAACCGCCGCGCAAGAAGACCGCCCACCGGACGAUCGCGCGCACUCCCCAAGGCCUACAAACGGCCAAUUUCCAGGGCCGCACCACCCACCGCGUCAUUGGCAACACGAUCCGCGCCCUGAAAGAGCUGCAGGAGGCGCUCAGCAACGCAUUCCUGCAGGGUGGGGACGAUGUCUAAGCCGCCGCUUAAGCCGAGUUCAGCGGCCGUGCGCGCGCACUUUGGCGGCAGUGGAGUCGACGCGACUCCGAAAAUAAUUACCGAGCGCGCACGGCCGCCUCCCAAUUGUCGUGCGAAAAUCCGCACA